GCUUCGGAAAGGAUAAACAAAAAGGAAGGAAGCCUUCGGAAAUACAAUCGCGGCAAAAAUCGGUUCAAAAUUUAGCUCCCGAGCUAAACUUAGCAGCUAUAUGUCCCCUUUUCGCCGCUCGGGUAUUUAUUAUUAUUAGUCGCAGUGCAAUACACAUGAUGGAUGAUUCGCUACUGUUUCGCAUGAGCGCGUUUUCCGAGCAAGGAGGGAGAAAAUACAUGGAGGACGUUGUCGAGAUCAGGAUCGAGUACGAGCCGUCGGCGUCUGCGGUCGAGGAUGAUCCGAAGUCGCAGGGGGAUGGUGGACCGGGGCAGGGGGGGGACCAGAGCCAGGACCAGGACCAGAGCCAGAGCCAGAGCCAGAGCCAGAGCCCGGCCCGGUCCGGGCCGGCUGCAGCAGCCUGGCUGCAGAGCCUCUCCGAGGAUGAGGUGUGCAGCAGCGGGGCAGCAGCGGAACACACUCCCGCAGACAGCAUGGUGGACACCCGCAGGUCUGUGGCGUUCUUUGCGGUUUUCGACGGCCACGGGGGUCGGGAAGCAGCGCACUUUGCCAGUGAGCAUCUGUGGGAGCUGCUGAAGAGGCAGCGGGGGUUCUGGUCCCACGACCACGGCGAGGUGUGUGCAGCCCUAAGGAAGGGCUUCGUCGCCUGCCACCACGCCAUGUGGAAGCAGCUCCCGGAGUGGCCCAAGACGAUGACCGGCCUGCCCAGCACGUCGGGCACCACGGCCAGCGUCGUCGUGAUCCGCGGAGUUCACAUGUACGUCGCUCACGUGGGCGACUCGGCAGUCGUAGUCGGAGUUCAGGAAAACGACUCUGACAUCUCGCUCCAAGCACUCGAAAUAACAGAGGACCACAAGCCCGAGCUCCCUAAAGAAAAAGAGAGGAUUGAGCGUCUCGGCGGGAGUGUAAUGAAGAAAUCUGGGGUGAACCGGGUCGUCUGGAAGAGGCCCCGGCUGACCCAUAACGGCCCCGUGAGGAGGAGCACGGUCAUAGACCAGAUCCCGUUCCUGGCUGUGGCCCGAUCCCUCGGAGAUCUCUGGAGCUAUGAUUUCUACAGCGGAGAGUUCGUGGUUUCUCCUGAGCCUGAUACCACCGUGAUGACCCUUGACCCCAAACGGCACCGCUACGUCAUUCUCGGCAGCGAUGGACUGUGGAAUAUGAUGCCACCCAAGAAUGCUGUUAACAUGUGUUAUAGCCAUGAUAAAAUGGUGGGCCCGAAGGGAAUGUCUUGUGCGCGGAGGCUGGGCUGCACGGCUCUGCUGUUCUGGAAGGAGCGCAUGCUGCGCGCCGACAACACCACGGUCAUCGUGCUGGCCCUGCAGGAGCGCGGGAGCGCUGCCGUCCCCAUGCACCGAGACGAGAUUCUGGUCGACAUGUCUACAGGAAUUGACCAGAUUCCUUUCCCCGGAACACCUUACAACACGUGCGAGGUCCAGAAGCUGAGCGACCCAGCAACCGCUCCAGCCACGCUCAAGGACGGCCCCAGAACUCUGGCGCAGGCAUUCGGGCUGUACGAAGCCGCUUUCUGUGCCACCGCGCAGCUUUUACCCGACGCCGACUCGGUGCGCGUCACCCUGCCCCCCUCCGACGGCUCGCUGAACGUUUUCGAAAAGCAAGACCCCAGCACCCUGAUGGAGUGCACCACCUCUGCUCCCGCGGUGAAAAGGCGGCGCCGCGCCUCACACGGCGCCCCCGAGGUCAAAGGUCACUGUCUCCGACCCGGGAGACUCCCCGGCAGGGGUUUGCCCCAGAAGGCGCUUCACGGCGGAGCGGAGAGCGAACAGUCCCUUCAGGCUCUCGAUCAGAACGCGGACGCGAGCUCCUCCGAGGAGGGAGGCAUCCUGCAGCAGCACCAGAACUCCGCCUUGUGCGUUUGCUGAAUCCCGUCGCUGCCCCAACACUAAAACAGGAAUCUGCAUCGAGUCGGCUUUGCUCUCGCUCCAGGCGUGUCACACUUCCGUCUCCAGGCGUUUACUUUUACAGUUUUUGUUUUGUACAUAUGUGAGAUAUGGGCAUUGUAAAUGUGUUUGUUCAGAUUUUUUUUUUUUUUCUUCCUCUCUUGCUCUUCCUCCCGUUUCCUCUCUUAAAUUGUUGUGUAAAAAGAUUUGAAAUCUUUUAAAUUUCUCUGUCUAGUAUAUUUUCGUACUUUUAAGUAUUUACUGUAUAUCCAAAGGCAUAUUUUGAAGCAAAUAGAUCCGGCAAUCUGACGUAACUUUGCUUUAACCACCUUGGAACCCUUGUGAUCCUCCAGUUUCGUUUUUAGAACUAUUUUAAGUAAUUUUACUGAAUGGAUCAGUUGUUUGGAUCCUCGGACCACGUUUGCUCUUGUGCUGUUGUCUGGCAUAGGUUCACUUUCUGAGGUCUGCAGCUCCGAGGGAACGCCCGUCGGCUGCUCGGUUGUCUGGGCACUGACUGUAAAAAUGUUUAUUGUUUAAGUUAAAUCUAUCGCACCUACAGCUCUCCCUCAGUCAGUGGAUCGUUUUAGCUGCGAGAAAGUCUGAAAGGGUACUUUCAACCAAAUGAGAAAAUAAGGAUUAUAGAUGCGUUGGUACUAUCUGUCUGUUAGCGAAGAUUUGUGAAUGAACUGACACUUUAAUCAUUUGAUCUUUUUUGUACUUUUAUAUUGUGCUGUUUCAAGCGCCUUCAUUAAGUUAUUUUGAAUUCAGCCAGUAAAAUGAUCAAAACACCAGUGGCAGGAAUAAAGGUUUGUUUGUUGGCUUUAUUGGGCAUCUGCAUACAGUAAAAACUAAAAUCAGUUCGUAGUUACAUCAUCCACCUAUAAGCUGUCUUCCUUUCCAUUCCUCAUUUGCAUCAUUAAUUUGUACGUUAGCCUUCGUAAGGGCCCGGUUAAUCAAAUCUCUGACUUGUUUUAUUAUGGCAGCUGGUCUUUUGCCUUCUUUUCACGUAAAAAUGUCUAAGUUGCCUUAGCACAAUUAAAUCUGAUUCAUAUUUGGGAUCCAAAAAGAUGAGGCUGGGAUAUGUCGACAUGGAUACGGCUAAAGCACAGCAUCAUCCAUUUACCAUGCACCUUCAUGUGUCCUGAAAUUACUCCAUGUGCUUCAUGUCCCUCAGAUAUUUAGAGCGGUUUUUGUACAGAAUGUCAAUAAUAUGCAAUACAAAUUUGUACAGUACAUUAUUAUGCAAAGUGUCUGGGUUUUUCUCUUUUCUGGUAUGAUCAGAUCUCUUCUGUAUUUUGUGAAAUAUCCAGAGGUUUUGGAGGUUACGCAGCAUGUGAUGUAUUGUGACAAUUCCAAUACUUUGAUCCGCCUUUAUAUCCACUGGAGCCAGUUUUUUUGGCUUACUGUAUAAAUUACAUUCUUUAAAACUGACUGGAUCUGUAAUGUCUGUGUGCUGUAAUAAAGUUCUCAUUUC